CUCUCUCUCCCUCUAGCUUUCUCCAUGGAGGCAAGUUCCUUCUUGUGCUUCUGUCUGGUACUUCUCUUAGGCAUCAACGCGGCAGGCUUAUCUGAUCAGGGCGUCCAGCAUCUGCCAAAGCGCCUCUUUGUGUUUGGUGACUCGGCCGUCGACACGGGGAACACAGGGAAAAACUCUGUCCAAGCGUGGAGGCCUCCAUACGGAAGCACUUUCCCCGGAAAACCGUCCGGCAGGUUCUCAGAUGGCCGGCUUCUGACUGAUUUUAUCGCGGCCUAUCUAGGAAUGCCGUCUCCUACUCUUUACAAAGCGAGACGUGUCGGUGGCGAUCGGCAGCGAUACGGUAUGAAUUUCGCUUAUUCCGGAACUGGUGUUUUCGACACGGUUGUUAUGCUGCCCAACUUAACAACACAGAUCGGUUUCUUUGAGCAACUUAUCAAUGGAGGCACGUAUCGGUGGUCCGACCUGAGAUCAUCCAUGGCACUCGUCUCAGCUUCGACCAAUGACUACAGUUUUUAUUUGUUGAGAAAAGGGACACUAGAGGGGUUGAAUGAGUUCACAGGGUUGGUGGUGAACCAGACUGCCGUGGACCUGCGGCGCCUGAGUCGAUUGGGCGUGGGGAAGAUAGCCAUCCUGGGUCUCUUCCCAUUUGGCUGCUUUCCAGUCAUAAGGCAGCUGCUGGCCUCGGCCCCCUCGUCUUGCGAUGACCUCUUUAACCGCUAUUCCUCUCAACACAACAGCCUGCUGCGCAAAGCCGUUGACGACAUCAAUGCCGAGCUUGGCCGUCCAUCGCACGUCGUUAUGCUUGAUACCUACAGUGCUGCAGAUUCCAUAAUGCGCCAUCACAAUGGGUUGGGACCAAGGUUUAAUGAUCCGUUGAAGCCAUGUUGCAUGGGGCUGAACUCCAGCACCGCCUGCGGGAGCGUCGAUGUUCAAGGAAAGCCACUGUACACGGUGUGCCGGAGCCCAGCGUCUGCCUUCUUCUGGGACCUUGCUCACCUAACACAGGCUGGUUCUUCUGCCAUGUUCCGCUACUUCCUCCCAACUCUUCAACAGUUUUUUUGAAGCCGCCGGGUACGGUGCCAAUCGAAACCGUCUAUAUAAAUACGAAAUGGCUCAUUUGACCUUGUGGAUUAAGUUUUCAAGACUUUCGGCCUGUUGAAAGUCAGGAUUUUGUAAAACUUGUUUGGACUCUUGACUUUGUGUACGUUGUGAUUGUGUGCUAGAACACUUCAUACAUUAACCUUGCAGCUGGAAAAUAAGCCCGACUCGCUCGUCAUUUGACUCGUGUCUACAUG